GCAGAUCAAUUUCAAAAUGGCGACCUUCUUCCAGAGCGUUCGCCAAGGAUUUGGCCGGGGAGGAAACAACAAGAGCAACAAUCCCCCUAAAAGCCCAGCACAGUCCUCUACUCCUCAGCAUCACGCCACCAUGUCGAAUUCGCCCUCGAUUUCUAGCAGUCUGUCAGUGGAGACUCAGGCGAACGACCCCGAGGGACCCAAGUACUUCUUCCAGGAGAAGUAUGCCCCGCUGAAUGUGAGGGGCAACUUCUUGACCCUCUGUGCUUGCCCGAAGAAUGUGGAGCUGGGCGAGUGGCUGGCUCACCAAAUUGUUGAACAAUAUCGUCUACUUCACGGCAUGCUCCAGGUUAUCCAGGAGGUGAACAGUGUGACCGGGCUACCUAUUUGCAAUGAAAAUACUUGUCCAACAAUGUCCGCUGGACGGCUGACCUAUACUUGGCUUGUUGACGGCCGCGCCGCCAAAAUCUCCGCCCCGAAGUUCAUCAACCGCGUCGAGAAAUGGAUCGUCAGCAAGAUCCAUGACCCUGUUAUGUUCCCUACCGAAAAAGUGAACGGCACACCCGAGACAUCUGCCAUCAAAGAGGCCAAUGGCGCAUCAACAACUCCCUCCGACCCUGCCAACCCCGAAGACUGGAUCGGCAAGUCUAGUGGCUUCCCCCCAACCUUUUAUAAGGACUGCCAGGGUAUCAUGAAGCAGAUGUUCCGCUGUUACGCCCAUUUGUACCAUGCUCAUUGGCUCAAUCCCUUUUGGCACAUUAACAAGCACGAUGUCCUGAACAUGUGCUUCGUUCACUUCGUGACGGUCUCCAAGUACUACGGGCUUGUGUCCGAUAAGGAAAUGGAGCCCAUGCAGCCCUUGAUUGAGUUGUUCAUCAAGCAGCAGCGGGUUCCCCCAGAGGCGCUUAACGGCGGUCACUGGGCCCAGCAGGCCGCCACUUAA